GACAGGCCUGGCAUUGAACGGGAUGCGGCGAUAGCAUCGAGCAACUGCUCCAUUUCCUGUGCGUGGAACAUACAAACAACAUGGCAUCAACGCGCGUGGGCGUUCGCGCCCCUUCAGCCCUCCUCGCAUCAGUCACCACUCGCGCCUGCUGCCUACGAAGUGCUCUCCAGACACUAUGCACCCAAGCGCAAACACAAUCCCGAGCCUUUUCCUCCACCCCUCGCCCCUUAAACUGGCUCAUCCCCAAAGCCGGCGAAUCCUCCAAAUCCCGCAAAGGCCGCCCCAAAUGUCCCACAGGCGGCAGCACAAAAGGCACAACCCUCGUCUGGGGCAGCUACGGAAUCCGUCUCAUCGACACCGACCGCCGCAUCUCCUCCCAACAACUCAAAAUCGCCGACGAAACCAUCAAAAAACGUCUCCGAGGCAUGAAAUACCGCCUCUAUCAUCGCGUCUCCGCAAAUAUUGGAGUCUACACCUCUGGAAACGAUCAGCGAAUGGGGAAAGGAAAGGGGUCAUUUGAUCAUUGGGCUGCUAGAGUUCCGGUUAGUAGGAUUUUGUUUGAGUUGGAAGGGAGUAUACAUGAGCAGGUUGUGAGGGAUGCUUUUCGGUUGGCGGGGAAUAAAUUGCCCGGGCAGUAUGAGUUUGUGAGGAAGGGGGAUCCGCCUGUGAUGGGGAUUACGAAGUUGGGGAAUGGGGUUACGGAGGAGAUGUUGAGAAGGCCGAGGAGGGAGGUUCCUGCGCCGGGGCCGAAUAUGGUGGAGCAGGCUGAGAGAAUGCCGGCUACUACGGCGCCUUGAAGGAAGUGCGAGGCAUGUAAAUGACUGUAUCAACAGCUUUCGUUGUAUAAAGAGAUUUUCGCCAAUUUCACUACGGACAAGGC